CCAUAGGCGGGGCAACUGCGUGACGUCGGGCGCCCGCGCGAGAGGAGCCUGGCGACCGCUGCUGUGCGAUGAAUCGGGACGUUGUGGCCAUGUCCUCGGUUCAGUUUGUUUUUGGCCAUCAUAACUGAUCGCCCACGGUAGUUCAGAGCCAAAGGAGUUAUGGCGCAUCGUUAUUUCCUGGUGGCCCGAUUCUGUCGGAGACUGUGUAUGAGCCUGGGCCCUCGGCACUUCAGGCCGGCCUGGAGACCGUCUUCUGGUUGUACAUUUAACUGUGUGGAUGGGAACAGUCUGCUGACAAACGUGCUUGGUGUCUACAGACGCCUCUGCUCACGGCCUCCUAAAGGGUUUGAAAAAUAUUUUCCAAGCAAAUCCAAAAAAGCAAAUGAAUCCAAAGGAUCCUCUGAAGCAAAAGAGUCAAAAUCUACAAAUUCUCAGCGUCUUGGAAAUAAUGGUUCAGGUGGAGGAAGUGGUGGAAAGAAAGGAGGCCGAAAAGAUGAAUCCACUUGGUGGGCCAGGUUACAGAAGGGUGAUAUUCCCUGGGACGAUAAGGAAUUUCGAUUUUACUUCAUAGGAGGAGCAGCAUUUUGGGCAACUAUUGCUUAUUAUGUUUUCUUCAGAAACGUUGGUAGAGAAGUUACGUGGAAAGACUUCGUCAAUAAUUACCUUUCUAAAGGAAUAGUGGAGAGGUUGGAAGUUGUAAACAAACGCUAUGUUAGAGUAGUUUUUGCUCCUGAUAAAGCAACCAUGGAUGCCCUUGAGUCCUAUUCACCUCGAAACCCAUGGAACACUUUGGAAUUGGGGUAUCUUCAACCCAAAGGACAACCUGAUCACUAUGUAUGGUUUAACAUUGGGAGUGUGGAUACCUUUGAAAGGAAUCUGGAAUCUGCACAGCAGGAACAAGGUAUAGAAGGUGAAAGUAGGAUACCUGUUGUAUAUUCCACAGAGAGUGAUGGCUCGUUUCUGUUGAGCAUGCUUCCAACUAUUCUGAUCAUUGGGUUUCUGCUGUUCGCCUUGAGACGAGGAUCAGCUGGUGUUGGUCGAUCUGGGCGCGGCAUGGGUGGAUUGUUCAGUGUGGGAGAAACAACAGCAAAGGUCCUCAAGGAUGAAAUUGAUGUGAAGUUCAAGGACGUGGCAGGAUGUGAGGAAGCAAAGUUAGAAAUAAUGGAAUUUGUUAACUUUUUGAAGAAUCCAAAUCAAUACCAAGAACUUGGAGCAAAAAUUCCAAAGGGUGCCAUUCUAACGGGGCCCCCGGGUACUGGCAAAACUCUGUUAGCCAAAGCUACUGCAGGUGAAGCCAAUGUUCCAUUCAUCACUGUUAAUGGUUCUGAAUUCCUGGAAAUGUUUGUUGGUGUGGGUCCUGCUAGAGUGCGAGAUCUAUUUGUGAUGGCUCGUAAAAAUGCUCCUUGUAUCCUGUUCAUUGAUGAGAUUGAUGCAGUUGGCAGGAAAAGGGGUCGAGGUAAUUUUGGAGGGCAGAGUGAACAGGAGAACACAUUAAACCAGCUCUUGGUAGAAAUGGAUGGAUUCAACACUGCAACCAAUGUGGUGGUUUUGGCAGGCACGAACCGCCCAGACAUCCUGGAUCCUGCACUGAUGAGACCAGGUCGAUUUGACAGACAAAUAUUCAUUGGUCCGCCUGAUAUAAAAGGAAGAGCUUCGAUAUUUAAAGUUCAUCUUUGUCCCUUAAAAUUAGCAUCAUCUAUUGAUGCAGAAAAUUUGGCAAGGAAGCUAGCAGCUUUGACUCCAGGCUUUACAGGAGCAGAUAUUGCUAAUGUAUGCAAUGAAGCUGCUUUAAUAGCUGCCAGACAUCUAUCUGAGGCCAUUGUACAGAAGCAUUUUGAACAGGCCAUUGAGCGGGUAAUAGGAGGAUUGGAAAAGAAAACUCAGAUUCUGCAGCCAGAAGAGAAGAAAACAGUGGCAUAUCAUGAGGCAGGUCAUGCUGUGGCUGGUUGGUUCCUGGAGCAUGCUGACCCUUUGUUGAAGGUGUCCAUCAUCCCUCGUGGAAAAGGACUUGGUUAUGCUCAAUAUUUACCCAAAGAGCAGUACCUCUACAGCAAGGAGCAGCUUCAUGAUCGUAUGUGUAUGACACUGGGAGGACGAGUUUCAGAACAAAUCUUUUUUGGUAAGAUUACCACAGGUGCACAAGAUGAUUUAAAGAAGGUUACCCAAAGUGCUUAUGCCCAGAUUGUUCAGUUUGGUAUGAAUGAAAAGGUGGGGCAAGUGUCCUUUGACUUCCCACGACAAGGUGAGAUGACUUUAGAAAAACCAUACAGUGAGGAGACAGCCCAACUAAUAGAUGAAGAAGUACGAUCACUCAUCAAUUCUGCAUACGAGAAGACUUUGAAACUUCUGACAGAAAAGAAAGAAGAAGUUGAGAAGGUUGCCCAGCGACUGUUGGAAAAGGAGGUACUUGACAAGGCAGACAUGGUUGAGCUCCUGGGGCCUAGACCCUUUGCUGAAAAAUCAACAUAUGAGGAGUUUGUAGAAGGGACAGGAAGCCUUGAUGAAGACACUUCUCUACCUGAGGGCCUCAAGGAUUGGAACAAGGAAGUUGAAAAUGGGAAAAAGAAACAACAGAAAUUGCAGAAUGUGUCAUCGGAAGAGUGCCAAACUAUGUGAGAAUAAUUAUCCAGCUAUGUGUAUUUGAAAUUGAAAUCCCACAAUGGAAAAUUAUGCUUCCUUGUCUAUGUUCAGACUUGUGGAUUAAUCAUUUUAACAUCCUUAUCUGGUUCACCAGCUUAGCUGUGCACAUUCAUUGCACUUUACAAGUAAUUUCUGUUAGUCUGACCAGUGUCAAAAUGAAUAUGAAGCAAAAAUAACAAUAUGUUCCAAGGCCUUGUGUAUAUUUUGACAGAGUGCUGAUUGUCUUCAGUGUUGGGAAACUUCCCAUCUCUGCCUCUACAGCCUAUAACAGAAUAAACUUUUAUUUAUGAGACAGUUUUGUCAUGCGUUUGAAGAUGAAAAGUGACAUCUGCUGAGUGAUCUGGAGCAGGAUGGUUAAGAUGCACAACUGUGAUGACUUGAUUCUGCUUACAGUUGAAGUCUCUAAAGAUACUGAAAGCAUGAUUGUAAUUAAUUUAUGUAAAUAAUGUUUAUUUUGAAACUUGUGUGUACAAAAAUAAAAAGUAAAAUAUU